GAGCAAGGCCAGGGAUCAAACCCAUAUCCUCAUGGAUCCUAGUUGGGUUCAUUAACCACUGAGCCAUGAAGGGAACUCCAGAGCCCUGUGAUAUUUGUGGCAGUGGGGACCACUGCAAGUUGGCCAUCUAGCUCCUUUUCCCCCCAGAAGCCAGGGUCCCCUCUAAAGGGUUUGGAAAGGUGCAUGUGCUUUCUUAAAGGUGAAGAGCCGACUUUCUCUGAUCCUUGCAGGAGAAGGUAUUUAUUGGAGUGAAAAUGGCACUAGUGUUUGGCUCCAGGCUUCAACCAGGUCCUCUUUCUGGGUCUUCACACCCCAGGUUGGCAGUGGGAUGGCUUAAACUUCCAGCAUCUCAGAUGCAUAGUCAGCUUCAUUUUGUACAUUUCUGCUUCUCAGUAAAGCCAGGGCUGGGCUGCCUUGCCCUUACCAGAGUGCAGAGGGUGGCAGGGGAAAAUUUUGUCCUCAGGGUUUGGACAGCCCUGGAUGGCCUGGUCUCUGAGUGAGCCUAGCUCUUGUUAAACUUCCCAAGGUAACCUGGUUUUCUCUAUUCUGAAACACUUUUGAGGAACUUGGAAUUAAUUUCCAGAAAACACCUGAGUAUUCCUGACCCUCUGCAUUCUCCCUGUGCGUCUGACCCCAGGACCCUCAGCAGACCCGAUUCUCUCCUGCCUCUGUCGGGUGCUCCACCCCUUCCCCUGGGUUUGGGCAUCUCCCCUUCUUCGCUCUAACAGAUCUCAGUCCCAAAACCCUCUUCAUCCUUAGAAGCCCUCAAGGCCCCUUUACUAAGGAGAACUUUGGAGGCGAGCCGGGACAGACCAGCCUUCUCGAGAUGAGCACAGGACAUCCCCUGCACAAGUCCUUGAUAAAACAGGGCAUGAUGUAGAUUUUUAUGUUUAACUGGUGGGCUGUGUUUAUCCUCUCCCCCCCCCACUAAACGAAGUCAUUACUCCUGCUAGGGAAACUGUCUCCUUUACUCACCCUUCAGGACUUGGCUGACUCCAGGGAACUUUGGGCCUUCCCAGCUGGCCCUCUGAAUUUCUGUGCCUUUUACCCAGUUAUCAACAAGAUGAUAAGUGCCUUUAAGGUAAAAAAAAAAAAUAUUUAAGCCCCACAGCAAUUGGUACUACUAAACUGAUAAUAGUGGCCUCUUAAAUACUUUGGGUUCAGCUUAAUUGAGGUGACUUGAGUCCUAAUUGUUUUUAUCGCUCAGAUGAAUCUGCCCAGCUAAGAAAUCGUUGAGGACACCCAGGGAGAGUGUUCAGCCUAGCAUGGCCUCUCCCGUCAGAGCUGAGAGAAAAGCAAAGCUUCCUGCAGAGAUGCUGUGUGGAAACCACUGAAUCUGUAUUUUCAACUUUCUUCUGGUGUUUCUGUGUAGUUGAGAUAAUUUUCCAUAGUGUCCCACUGAAACACACUUAACUUUGGGGGAAUGUUGACCUUAGGAUAUGUGCAUUAAAGUCAGCUGGCGGAUUAUCCAGGUCUAACCAAACUUCAAAAAGUGUUGUGCUAUGUACACAAUUUUUAAAAAAUAAAUUUUUAGGUAACAAGUAGUCACAGUAUUUUUAAGUUAUCAAAGUAAAAGUUAUGGCAGUUUGGAUGUUGGCAUUUAGCCAGUUUGUCCGGCUGUAGUGUCCACUCCCAGGCACCAUUCCUGGACAGGUGACAGGGGCCCUGGGGUGAUGCUGUUCCAGAGGGACCUCCAUGGUGCCUUGGAGCUUGGCCUCUGCCUCUUUCACCAUCAGUGUAGAUGGAUCCACGUAGUCCUGCCCCACGUCAUAGGGUUGUGGCAAGGCUUGGAUGGGAUGUGAGUGUAAACCAUAAGUGGUAGGUGAAUAUGAGGGGCAUCAUUGUCACGCUGCUAAUAAGAAUUAAAUCAAGUCUAAAUUACAGGAACUUUUCUGAUCUGUUUUCCCUAAGACCCGGUUCUUGGGGAGAGUCUAUUAAGAACACGCGUGUAAUUCAGAGAAACAUUCUCUUUACAAUUCCACUUUGUGAUCAUGGGCUGGAAAGGAGGAGGGAAGAAAAGCUUUUUAACUACUCUGCAGUUCCUGAGUGUGUUCUCUCUGAUAGAUGAGAUUUUAUUCUUAUGAAAGAAGAAACCCCAGUGUACCCCUUCUGUGGUGAUGCUGAAUGGCCUUAAUCGGACAGGAAGGCAAGGGUGAGAGGUGGUUUUAAGGCUGUGAAACAUGGAUUAAAUUCCAUUUCAGCAGUCACAGGAAUGUAAGUCUCAAACACAGAACAGGGUCCCGUAAACCUUACUCUCCCCGCAGGCCCGGGUCCCACAGCCCUGAUCAUGCCCUCAGCCUCGCCCCACAUCUCCUGCGAGGGAAGGUCACACUGUGAAGUCUGAACUCCGAGGGAACCUGGGUAUGUGUGCUCUAAAGUUAGUUUUGUGGUGAAGACUGGACAUAGUUAGCUAGAAUCCCUGAGAUGCAGGUGGGAUCUGUAGGAAAUGCUGCCCGUGUGGGUGCCCAGCCAGUCAGCCAUCCGUCCAAAGAAAGGGCACAGGGUGAUGUAAGUCCCCCAGCAGGUGGCCAGGUGCUGGCCCUGAGCAGGGUGAGGUCCUCAUUGGGGACAGAAGCCCAGCCCCAGAGUGUAUGUCUUGAGCAGACCCGGGCCCACACAUCCACAGUGGUAAUGCUCUGAAGGGAAAGAAGGGGGGGAGAGGGAGGGGGAAGGUACUGGCAAGGUGACAUUAGAGAGUCACAUCAGGGGUGUGCGGGAGCCUUGCUGACAUCCAGGGGCUCUUCCAGCAGUAAGGAGUGGUGUGUGCGUGGGCGGGUUCCCGUGUACCUGGCACCUUCCAGGGUUUGCAGAGCCCGCAUGCUGGCAGUAAGUGAACAGGGGCAGAAUAGUCACAAAUCAAGGCUUGGAGGCACCCAGGCACCAGGCAUUGUAGCAGCCAGGAGACGGGCCUCUGGCCUCCACUCUUUAAUGAGGAGCCCCUGGAAAUGUGCACUGUGCUAACUUUAAUGAACUUAACUUCAUUAUUUUAAUUGUUCUCAGUGUUUUUUCUGAGGUUUCCCCAUGCACAGACUGUUAACCAGUCAUUUACAGAAAUAAGUAACACAGGUCUGGUGCCCAGGAUGGCAAGGAUUUGCGCGCUGAGUGCACUUUUUUAUAGUUCACAUGGGAUUUAUAUGGAGAAUUUGUAUGGUCACAAAAUAGCCAGGGUAAAAAUGAUACCCCCAGAUUGCAAGGGCAGGUGCAAGGCCUCUGUCAUGAAUGACCGAGUGGGGUGGAGAUGGCCUGGCCUGGAAGGGCACAGCUAGGGCUGACAACACGGUGGCCCUUGGUCUGAAGACAAGGGCUGGUCAAGCCAGGGCACCAGGAUCAUCACCGCCGUCCAUCUGAGCAGCAAGCCUCAGUUAUCACGCUGAUCUGCCGGGGUGGGAAAGGGGUGAAGGAGAGGCCUACCCCCUGCCCCACAGCCAGGAGGAGCGCCCCUGAGCCAGCCCAUCCUCCCUGAAUCUAAAGGCAUCACCAGGGACCUGAGUUGAACCCCACCCCCAUGUUGUGAGGAGAUGUCUGGUGGCUGUGGAUGGGGGUCCAAAGGCUUUGGGAGCUUGUGUCCCACUGUCCAGGGUAGAGGGAACACAUGGAAAGUUGCAUUCCUGGAAGAGGGCAAGUCCCCAUGUGCUGUGUGGCACACAGGCUGCUUCCUUAUCAUCUUCAGGUCACAGAGUCCCAGGUGCUCUGCCCCAGGGGUCUCCUGCAGGGGGGCCUCCAUCUGAACACAGACCCCUCCCCACUCCACCCCUUGCCAUUUCUUCCUCCCAGCCUGUUCCCUCCCCUGCUUAUUGUGGUCCUGAGUGGUGGGUUUGGAGGAGAAAUGACCCACCAUCCUUUAGAGAUGGUGUCUGUGGCAAAGGGCCCCACCCACACAGCACAUCACCUUCAGCCAACGGGAGGCAGUCUGUGUACAGGCAGGGGGUGUUGAAAAAGGUGAAUUCACUGUUGCGGCCUUGCGUGUUCCCAGUGUGUGCUAGAAUCCUCAAGAACCCUAAACUCACAGUCACUUCGGGCCUAAACAUCACACUUAGGAAGCAGGUUUAGAGUGUUGCUCUCUGAUUUGUGCCGUCUUCGGGUGGCGAGCAGAUGCAUUUGUCCCUCCAUCCAGGCAGAGCACUGGCUAAGCCAUAAAACAUCCCCCUGGCACAGGAUUCCUCACCACUUCUCCAGGCUGGAAGAGAGUUCCAGCCUGUGGCCUGUCCAGGAUCCCAGAUGCCCACCAGCUCCUGUCUGGCUUCACUCUGGGUGGAGGCACUUGUGCAAGAAAUAUAUCAAGACAUCUCAGAAAAUGGGCUUGUGAUGAAAUGAAAGCAAGAAUUGAAGGUUGGCUGAAGAAUUGAAGUUCUAGGUUAGUCACUAAGAGAAAUAAUUGCACUAGAAUGAAAAUUCAGAUCUCCCUAUAUAUAUACCCCCAAAGAAUAGGGAGAAUGUUUUGAAAGGACAGGUGGUUUUGUUUUGUUUUGUUUUGUUUGUUUUAAGUGAGGGGAGAUCUGGGAAACAAUAUCCAGUGGUAGAGACAGGUAGAGAAAGAAACGGCUCAAGGUGCUUCUGGACCCACUUUAGGUCCAGUGUAGAAUCUGGUAAUCAUGGUAUCAUAGGUGAGAGGAAAAUGCCAGCAGCAUCCUAACCUCUUACCUGCACUGUGAUGUGUCUUGGGAACCGGUUCUGUUAACACAGAGGCACCAUCCCCAGUGUGUCUGUCCCAUUGUAUUCAGAUCUCAGGACUGGAUCAUUUUCUAGACCAUCAGAUUUCUAGGAAAUAGCUCUCUGAUCAAUUAAGGGUUUACAUUCAUUGGGCCCCAAACUGUUUUAGCUUAUUCAUUUAGAAUGAGAAUUUAGAGACCUUAAAUACAGGCUAAAACAUCAAUAAACUCUUCCAAAAGACAUGCCUGUGAUUAGAAUGGCUCUCAUCACAUGCCUCAACUGCCAGAACAAAGAAAACUGCCUUCCCGGAACCAAGACAUUUUAAUGUGAUAUCAGGCCUGGUGGGGCAUGAGCUUUUGGUCCUGGCUCGAAGCCACUAAAUUGUGUGACCCUAGGUAAUUGCAUACCUUUAGUCUCCCUUUCUCAUCUCAUAUAGGUUUUAAAAAACCUUUAAGAAAGGAUCCCCAGCUGUUUCCAGAUCUAACAUUCCUCUUGUGUGAAUACAGUAGACCUGUCUCUAUCUUGCCCGGCGAUAACCAUUAUGUCUGCAGGGAAACCAUUAAUCCAAUUUUUUUUCGUCCUCCUUUUCUUUAUUUAUGAGAACUUUAUUUUAUAUGAUUCUUACUUGUAAUCAGAAAAACACACCAUGUGGAAAAAAUGUGAUGAAGAUCCAAGAAAGGUUUCUUAACAAGAUUCUCCAUCAAAGAUAAAGUAUCACAGAGACAGCAUCACCAGGCCUAUUGUUCAUUUUUAGGUUUGGAAAAAACUGUAAUUUAAAACAGAUCCAUUAUGGAAAGUAGGUGCCUUCUGUGUAUCAGAAACAUAAAGCAUACAAUUGCGUAGAGGUCUUCACAGUAGCACAGCGGAUGGAGUGGGACGAAGCCUUUUGUUCCAGCUCCUUCUGAAUUGUCAGCUGAGCUUGCCAGCCUUGGCUGGGGGUCACUCCCAGUCGCAAGGCAGGGCGCACUUGCUCUUCCACCUAAGACCACCAGGCCACCUUCCCUUCUUGGGGUCACAGCGUGCAGUGGACAGCCCGAGUUCGUGCUGCUCUGCUUUCAGUGCAUGACAGCACAUAAACUGAAGCAUCACUGCUGUUUGUCCUCACAAGACUCCUAGCAGCCAGGAGCAGGAGAGUGAGGCAUCCCCCCCUUACCUGUGAGCACACCCCAUCCUUGGUGUCACCUAUUGUCCCCUUCUUACCUAUGAGCACACCCCAUUCUUGGUGUCACAGGCCGCCUGCCUUUCCAUCCCCGCUUCCUGUGCCUGUCCCUACCUGUGUAUUACAUGUUCAUUUCCCCACUGUCAUUCUUUCCUUGUUUGGGAUCAGUGUCUGGCCCCUGGUCCCCUUGGUGAACUCCUUUGUAAUUAAACCACAGGGUCCUAUAGAUAGUUCCUCUGAACCCUACACCCCUCGGGUCCCCAGUCCUCCCCUACAGUGGACCUUGACCCCUCUCUGCUGGGACAGUGUCACACUGUCCUAUAAUUGUCAAUUUGCUUUGUCCUCCUGCUUGAUUCUCGAUGGCAGGGGUGAGGACUGUCACCUGUUCCUCCGCACCCCAGCAGUGUGCAGGCCGAGGAAUCUGGUUAACACGCACCGAUCUGGAUUGAUCUGUCCAGGUGCUUCUAAAAGUCACCUGCACAGGAUGCUCUUCAUCCUCUGAUGUCAUGAUUGCAUCUACCAGGAGUCAUGGAUUACGUUUGUGUGAUUAGGGCACUGGGGAUCCCUACACAGACAUUCUAGAACACGUUCAGGGCAGAAAAAGAAGGACUGUGUGAAUCUUUUUCUGUAACAUGACUCUGGAUGUUGAGGCAAAACAUAGCUGAUUUAGAGUUUAAAUGACUUGGUCCUGGGCUGCCUCAUCACAGCCCAAACACGCUUGGUCCAGACAGCUCUUGAUCUGUGCCCCUGGAUUCUUGCAGCCUGUGAUCAGACACCACCAUAGAACUCAAGGAAGAAAGAAUGGGCUGAUGAGAAUUCUGCUGUAAUUUUUCUUUAAAAUUGCAAAAGACAAUCAUACUUAAACUAUGUUUUCUGAAAAGGCUAGUGUGGGUAUUUUUCAUUGACAGUGAUACAUGGGAAAGGAAGUUGCAGAAAGAAGCCCAUGACUAGAAUGGCUUCGGAUGCUACUGGAAACUUAGCACCGAUGGAGUGAGGAGUUCAUCAGAGCCUCUCCAUCCCACGGGAUUGCCUUGGUUGUAGGGACCUCUUGAGAAUGUGUCUUAAUGUAAAAGGUGGCCUCUCUGCCUGUGGCAUUGUUUAUGCACAAUUGAAAAAUAGUGGUAUCUUUCAGUUGCCGUUGUGACAAAACCCUGUUGUGUAAUUAUAAAAUUAUAUCACAGUUGAUGGGGAAAUGCCAGCAUGAACCCUGCCAAGAAAAAAAACAAUCGUGUACAUUCAUUUAGUUCAAAACACCCUCAAACAAGAGGCCCUUUUCCUCCCAACUCCAGAAAUUCACGGUCUAUGUCUGUAGUCAUGUUUUAUUAUUUAUUUAUUAUAGGUGAAGUGAUAGCAAAUAAGACUCCACAAAGCAUUGCAUUGAGAUACUUUGAGAUAAAAGGCAAUUGUUGGGAUGUAGGGAAGGGGUCAAGUUAAAAAAAGGACAUUUGAUGUUUGCUGAGUAUUGUCUCCUUUUUUUCAUUUAUUAAAAAAAAAAAAAUUCAAGUAUUCUGUGAAAGUGUUCCCAAAGGCCUGACUAAACACGUGAACCUUAACAAUUUGCCCAUUGUGGCCAUGGUUAAGCCCCAGUGUGGGAUUCUGCGGCCUUUGCUGUUGUAUUUUGAAGGACUGAAUUUUAAGCCAUGGGAUUACAGUCCUUGUGGUUUAUUCUUCCGAGGCUGAAAUGUCUUUCCCAACGUGACACCAUUAUUAGCUGAACUUUCCACGAUGCCGUCUGCAAAGUCCAACAAGCUGAGCACAGUACAUUUGCGGGACAUCUCCGCAGUGUCCAAAGGGGUGUGACAUCUUUCCAUCCUUCUGAGGACUCCCUGAAGGUUCCUCAGUUCCUCGGGAGCAGCCACCCCUGGAUCCCCCUCCAUGUGGCUACAGGUGAAGCCAACGAACCGGGGUCCCACCCUCCACGCACUCCCUGUAGUUGAGAAGACACUUCCCAGCCCAGGGGAAAUGUGUGUGUCAGGGGUCUGCACAGGCUGUCUGGGCUGGGGGAAGAUGAGAAGGGCUGGGAUCUGUGGCUUUGCGGACUUCUGUGGGGGAAGGGAGCAGGGGCUGGAGUUGGACUGGAUGCAGGGUGGGCUGGCAGCAAAGGCAAGCUCUCAGUGUCACCAGCACCCCCCCCCGCCCCCCCGUCCACUCCCAGCACCUUCCAGGCACGCCAAACUGACCUGUCUCUCUCCCCAGGGCUUAGUGGACAUGGCCUGUGGCUGGUAGGGUCUGUAGUGCUCCCAGCUCCACCCCCACCCCUGGCAGUGUGCCCAGUACAUAAUAAAUACUCCUUUGAAGAUGUGAACUGAAAGGGUAUAACAUGAGAUAUGGUGAAUUCUUGCUAAAGACUGUUAAUUCACUAGUGUUCAUUAAAUGCUUUCUUUUCAAAAAUAAAUAUUCACUGAGCUUUUUAGAGUGAAAGCACUCAGAUGCAAACAGCCCAUAAAUUACUCAUUCUGUUUCCUAAGUGCCUUAGUCACUUUUCAGCCAGGAAAGGGGGGAGAGUGGGAUAGGUUUGCAGCUGGCCUGCCUCACAGGUAAGGAAGCCUCUGCCUCUAACCUGUCAGGUUGCUAAGGGAACUCGAUGCAGUUGCAGAACAGUUGCUACAUCUCUAGCCCAGGACACCAGCUGAUGUUAUGAAAAUAUGAUAGAAUGGCCUCCCCUUCCCUUUGUCCUGUCUGGCACAGCAUGUUGGGAUGCAGAAAACCCCUGAGGCCAGCCUUUGUUUGAAAGCAGCUCUUGAUUUAUGCACCUUGAAUCUCAGUGUGAUCUCCCGUUUGCUACAUUCUCCCCAAAGGUGGAGAAAAAAGUCCCAGUAUAUGUACUGCCCAUGUUUAUUAGAGCCUCCUCCCACUGCAACUUGUUUCUGAUUUUCCCUAAGGUCCUGGUCGGCCUCUGUCCCCAGCUCACACCAGGGAGUGAGACUGACCCAGGAACAGCUCCCAAGGCCACUGGAGGGGCAGCUCCCGUCUCAGACCUGAAUUCCGCCAAAGGACCCAGUGCUGAAAGCCGUUUGUCAUGACUUCUGAGGUUCUUAAUCAAAAGCCAAGUCAAUGGACCCAGGGUGGGUGUGCCCCUCAGGCUGUGAGCAGCGUGCUGUCCCAUAGAAGGUCCCUCUGGCCAGCAUCCUGUUGCCUUACGGAGCAAGCAAAGAGGAUGGACGGAGUGAAGAGCCGUCUGCCUGCGUGCUUUCUGCCUUCUGUGCCCUUUUUAAUCCUAGUGUCCACUCUCGCAACUGCUAGGAGUGUGGCCAACAGCACUUUAAAUGGCACUGACAUGGUCGUGGGCGCUGCGCCGGUGGUCAUUGCCAGAACUGACCAUAUCAUCGUCAAGGAAGGGAACAGUGCCUUGAUUAACUGCAGUGUUUAUGGCAUCCCUGAACCCCAGUUCAAGUGGUAUAAUUCCGUGGGCAAGCUGCUGAAAGAAGAGGUGGAGGAGAGAGGAGCAGGAAAGUGGCAGAUGCUGGACGGCCUCCUGAACAUCACCAGGGUGUCCUUCUCAGACCGAGGUAAAUACACGUGCGUGGCCUCCAACGUACACGGCUCCGUGAACAACACGGUGACGCUGCGGGUGGUCUGCACAUCGGGGGACAUGGGCGUGUACUACAUGGUGGUAUGCCUCGUGGCCUUCGCCGUGGUCCUGGUCCUCAAUGUCACCCGCCUCUGCAUGAUGAGCAGCCAUCUGAAGAAGACCGAGAAGGCCAUCAAUGAGUUCUUCCGUACCGAGGGUGCCGAGAAGCUUCAGAAGGCCUUCGAGAUUGCCAAACGCAUCCCCAUCAUCACCUCCGCCAAGACGCUGGAGCUGGCCAAGGUCACCCAGUUCAAGACCAUGGAAUUCGCCCGCUACAUCGAGGAGCUGGCCCGCAGCGUGCCGCUGCCGCCGCUCAUCAUGAACUGCAGGACCAUCGUGGAGGAGCUCAUGGAGGUGGUGGGGCUGGAGGAGCAGGCCCAGAACUUCGUGCGCCAGGCGCCGGAGGGUCAGGAGGCUGCCGGAGAUGAGGUCUACACCAUCCCCGACGCCCUGCAGAGGAGCGACUCCCCCGCUGCAGACUCGGACGCCUCCUCACUGCACGAGCAGCCCCAGCAGAUUGCCAUCCAGGUGUCCGUGCACCCUCAGUCCAGGAGGGGGCCCACGGACGACCAGGACGGGGUGCCGCUCGAGGCCGGAGAUGGUGAGGAUAGUGAGCCGUCCGCCGGACGCUCCCCAGAGUCUGCGGAGCCUUCCACCGACAUCACGUCCACGGCGCUGACCUCUGAAGAACCUACGCCGGUCGAGGUACUAGACCGCGCCCUGCCACCAGCUCUCCUGGAGACCUCAGAACCGGCCAGGGCGCCUGACGGAAAGGCCUGCGUCAUCUAUGAAAGCCAUGUGUAAUCGCCCCCUAAGCUAUGCACACCCGAGAAUCAGGGCUGCUCCUCCCAGCACAGAUGCAGUCGCUCUCGCCGCUAAGCCUUACCAGAAGACGCCCUUCCCAUAGGUAGGAGUGAGGCCGUCCGUGCGCGGCUGGCGUCUUCCCAGAAAGAGGAUGCGAGCCACAGGGUGCAGGUGUUGGGGGGGGCGGGCGUCUGCCCAGCGAUAGGAUUUCAGGGGCUCUCUUCUGCCAAAUACCUUAAUUGGUGAUGCCCUUUUGGCCAAGAGUCCCUGACUAAAAUACUCUUGAGUUCAAGAACCCUGUCCAGUGCACACCACGUUGCUUUUCCUUUUAGAAAUUAUAGCUCCGCUAUGGUAGCCACUGCACGUCUAUGGGUCUGUUGCACUUUCUUCUCAGUUUGUACCCCCUCUCUGUUCCUCUAUAACCAAGUGGUGGUUAUAAUGAUAGGAACGCUCAUCCUCCCGUCUGGUCUCAUCCCCCUUUGCUCCUUGGUCCUUAUUUCCCCCCUGGCCUUGACCUCAGAGGCUGUGGUGUCCCGGCCGAAACCCACCAGGCGUCUGUUAUACUCCAGAGCAGUUGCCAACCUCCUGAGUUCUGUCGUUUCCCAGGCCUGUCUUCGGACAGUGCUUUUUUUGUUUCCCAUGAAGCUGCUUUUGUGAAACUGAGAGAAAAACCUUGCCCAGGGAUAGCACUUUAAUAGCCAAAUAAAAAUGUGUUUACCUGUCUGAUUCUGAGAGCCUUUUGCUGAGCUCAGCUGAGAUUGGAGGGAGACUGAAAACUUGAAUUUACCCCAGCUGUCCAGGAAAAGUGCUGUUUUUACGUUGAAGUGACGUCAUCCCCCACACAAGGUUGCUGCUGUUUGUUUCGCUCCCAAAGACAGAGGUGCCUGAUGAAUCUGUGUAGGUGUAGAACACGCGCCUCCUUUGGGGGCUGCCAGGUGACCUAGACACUUGGUUUGGGGCAGCACGUGUUCAGGUCCGUGGGGUUAACCUGGCCAGCCCACUUCUGGGAACUGCAGGGCUAACUUGUCCGUCCUUGAAGGGGAGAGUGAGAGGUAGAAUAAUGGCAUCAGGUUUCACGCCAAAAUUCUUCAAUUAAUGUUUGGUCCCAUAAGAAAGCAGUUAUGCAAGAGGCAGGUCGAUGACAUGGAGGAAGAGGGAAGUAGUCGUCCAAGGGCCAGCACUCACCUGUCAGAAGCACCGGCCAGACAGGCUCUGAGCACCCACUUAGAUGGUUCACUGGCCCACAGAACCAAGCCAAUACAGUCACCCUGCCCUUCUCUGCAGUGUCUCAAAAAACUCAUUAGGGCAGCACCUGCAGUUUAGAUGUAAUUGUGGGAAGAAUGAGAGGUGUGAUUUUGUUUCCAUUUAGGAGCAGGGGAGCCAUGACUUUGAAAUCUUGGUGAGGAUCAUGGCCACAUCAGGGGUUCUCUGGAGAUUACUUGGGCCACACUGAUCGUGAGAGAGCAGACCCGAUGAUUGUGGCUCACUCUCACUAUGAAUAAUUGACCUUAGACACCUCCCUUGGUUUAACCUUUCUCAUCCACAGACAUGGAGGUGCUGCUCGAUGUCUGGCUCAGAGACCUAUAGUUUUAUGGAAAGUUUGCCAUCUCCCAUGAGGUCUCCCAGCAGUAUUGAGAGCAAAAAUGUACAUGUGACCUUAGAUGCUCUUGCUGCUGACCUUUCCAGCAGGUGUAUCUGGCCCUGUACCUGAAGGCAGAGGGUCUGGCUUCAGGGGUGUCUCUCUUGAUAGAUAAUGGUGUGGGAGGCAGUCUGACAAGACAAAGACUUGGAUGGGAUCCCUCUUGGCCACAGUGGCCCGUUACCAUCAGUUAGGGGGGUCAGGUGGUCACUGAAAAGUGAGUCAGGAGCCAUCAAGAGAAUCCUCGACCCCUACUGGGUCGCUCUGGGCCAGAGUCUUCUGUAUGUGUGUUGCAGAAAAGUUUUAUCUCCAACUCUCAGAGUAUAAACAUUCACCAUGUGUUGUGGAGAUCAGCAGAUUCUGACCAUGGAUCUGUUCACCCAGAGCAGCCACAGGAGCUCCCAAGUCCGUGUUGUUACACUGCAUGAACUUCUCCCACUCUGUCCAGUUCUUGCUCCACCAAAGCCCAUGUGCAGAUUCCCACCCAGAAAUUACAGGGAAGCGUGUCUCCCCCCAUUGAGACCCAGAUGAGGGUGGAAAGUUAAAAGUUCAGAUUUUUUAUGAAGUGGGAGCAGAGAUGUGUGACCAAAGAAUGUUUUCAGGUUGGUUUUCACUUCUUUCCUCUGGGGAGAUUAUCUAGAUUUUCAACAUGUUCCCCCUCUUUCAGGCAUCAGAAAGCUCUUGAUAGACUAAUAGCCAACCAAAGAGGGGGCUGGCUGGCCAUGAAGAUCCCUCCAUCCAGAAAGGUUCCCCUGUCCUGUCCGUGCUGUAGCUUCUUUACAAAAUGAGCGAGGCAUCGCUACUAGAACAGGGAAGGUAGAUGACCUCGUGACUUUCAGCUGGCUUUUCUAAGAUAAAUUAAAUCGUUCAACUCCAUAGAGAUUCCUAGAAAUAUGGUUGCAUGUGAGAGAGAGCCUGCAUGCAUGUGUGUGCACGCGACACACACACGUCAGAUGCAUUUGGGCAGUUUUCAAAGCUUAAUGCUAAAUCCCGAGCCAUGUCCCUUGGGUCUUAGCUCGUCAUUCUCAAAAGCAAGCAGUUCCUGGUUUCUGAGUCAUCUGGUCGUAUCUCUAGUGAUUUUUUUUUUUCUUGAAAUUCUAGAACUGAUUCAGAUAUGUGUGCAUAUUUAAUAUUCCCUUAGAUGAUCUGUAAACUUGGACGGUAUUUAUUCUAAAUGGGGGAAAAAAACAAUUUUAUACUGCAAAUCUAUGUAAUUUAUAAUGGUUUUGUUUUAUAUAUUAUAUUUUCAUAUCUUUAGGCACAUCUACUAGUCUCAUCUUUUUGUAUAUCAUACUUGACAAAAAAGAAACACUAAUACUUGACUAAACCUCUAGGAACCAAAUGUGAUACGUGUAACGUCUAGAAGGGGCUCUGAAAAUACCUGAGUGUCCUCCCCCAUCCUGAGCAUAAUUGCGCUGUGUCUUUGCACCCAGAGUUUCUGAUUGAUCACAGAUGCUGAUGAGGUUCCUUUUUUCAAAACCAGGGCCGAGAGGCUUGAUGUCCCGCCCAGUGGAGGCUGGGAGCUUCCCUUUAUCUUUUUUACUCUGGCUUUCAUUUUCGUGGUUGGAGUCUGUGUGGUCCAAACUUCCCUUUGAAGGGCAAACGUGAGAUGAGAAAGCAACAUGCUAGGCAGACUUGACUUGAGCAAUGGCCAUGUAAGUUUCACUGGACCCAUAAUGUUUCAAAUCUCGAACUUGGAUCAUUGCUUCUGGGUGAUCUCAGAUCUGUCUGGCUCUUUAUUUAGCUCAUGAAGAAAACAUGAGGUACAAUAGUGUUUGCAUGUUUUGAACCGACAGCCUCUAAAUGUAGUGCAGCCCACACAAACCAGCUCAACCCUAGAGAUACUGGUCCCAGCCAGCAAGGCAGAAUGUCAGUGUUGUGCCAGAACUGAAACACCUAACCACAGCCCCUGGCAUCCUGUGAACAGGGCUGAUCCCAGUGUCUCACUGGGGUAUUUACCUUCUGUUUGAGAUAUUCUCUUUUGUACUCAGCGCAUUUCGACGACCAUCCUGUACCUGUCUUCACACACCCUUUUUGCAGUCCCUUUAGAUCCUAAUCCUGGUGUCUGUUCUUUUGCAACUAAAUCGUUGGUACUCUUUAAAUAUCUACCAUUGUAUGUUCGCACACAUACUUUGAGCAUCUGUUACCUCCCCGGUAUUAGUCCUUUUUACAUUCACCUAUUCAUUUAAAAAUCCUUUAGUAGAUCACAGAGUUCAUUCCUCUAAUGGCUUUUAGGGUUUCUACAGUGAUUAAUCAGGUCUGAAUUAAACAAAUCAGUGAUAGGGAAGAAAAUGAAAACAAUUGCUGCUUAUGCUUUAUCUGAAGGACUGAGUGUUGGUCUGUUAUACCAGAAAAUAUCGUGUGAGGGUGAUAAUCUUUACUCGACAUUUUUUAGAGAUGUCAUUUUUAAGGGCCCUAAUGCUUAGAAUACCACAAUCAGAAUCGAAGCUCGUAGAGAAGGUAGAGACAGAAGACAGAUAGUUCUACGCAUAUUCUGGUGUAAGUCAUUUUUAUUUAACCAGCAAUGAAAACCUUCAAUGUAUCUCUUGGGCACCCUCUCGCUGCUCACCGUGAGUCAGGGUCACAGAAGAUGCUUGAUGUAUUGUACCUCUGGUCCUAGAUGUCCUUUGUUAAAACUGGAAAAUAAGACAGCAAAAUGUAUCUGGGCGGAAAUGGCAAACUGUUGAUUUGUGAACUAUAAAUGUUCACUUUUUAAAAAUAACGUAAAAGUGUAAACAAAUUACUAAUACUGAAGUGGAUAUAGCAGCAAAAAAAAAAAAAAAAAUGUGACCGACCCUGUAUUUUGGUUAUUGCUUUAAUAAAGGAUUUGCACAGGUGU